CAGUCAGUCCACAUCACUUUGCGAGCUGUUACUGAUGCCUGCCUGCGCGCUCUGACGCCUCGCUGCUCUUGUCGUUGAUACAUGAAAAUAACUUUUUGGGAUUCUCCUGCUAGCCUCUCUCGGGACGAUACGAGAAUCCAACAAGGGGAAAAAACUAAAGAAGAGGUCAGGACAAAUGUUUUAGCCAGCUGUGAUAAAUAAAGGUUUGGAAGCAGCAGUCAGUGUUCAGUGCCACACACAGGAGUCUCACAGGAGAGCUGCGAUGCCGGACCCGGCCGCGGACCUGCCCUUCUUCUACGGCAGCAUCAGCCGGCAGGAGGCGGAGGAGCAGCUAAAGCUGGCGGGCAUGGCGGACGGGCUGUUCCUGCUGCGGCAGUGCCUGCGCAGUCUGGGCGGGUACGUGCUGACGGUCGUGUACGACGUGCGCAUCCACCACUACCCCAUCGAGAGGCAGCUGAACGGCACCUUCGCCAUCGCCGGAGGCAAGGCCCACUGCGGUCCAGAGGAGCUCUGCGAGUUCUACUCCAAGGACCCCGAUGGCCUGGUGUGCACCCUCCGCAAGCCCUGCCUGCGCCAGAGCGGCACCCUGCCCAGGGCCGGCGUCUUCGACAGCCUGCGUGACAACAUGCUGCGCGAAUACGUGCGGCAGACCUGGAAUCUGGAGGGGGACGCAGUGGAGCAGGCCAUCAUCAGCCAGGCCCCCCAGCUGGAGAAGCUGAUUGCCACCACAGCCCACGAGAAGAUGCCCUGGUACCACGGCUCCAUCACCAGAGAGGAGGGUGAGCGGAGACUCUACUCCGGAAUGCAGCCAGACGGCAAGUUCCUAAUAAGAGAUCGGAAAGAAGCAGGGACAUUCGCUCUCUCGAUGAUGUACGGAAAAUCAGUCUACCAUUACCAGAUCAUCCUGGACAAGUCAGGGAAGUACUCCAUGCCUGAAGGAACCAAAUUCGAUACCGUGUGGCAGCUCGUGGAAUAUCUCAAGAUCAAACCAGACGGAUUGAUUCACACGCUCAUGGAGCCAUGCACGAACCCCAACCACGCAACUGUCAUCCCAACUCCAAACGUACCCACAUAUAAAAGACCUGCAGGUCAUAAUGGAUACACCCCACCACCAAAAGCUCCGGAGGUGCCGAGCGGUCAGCGCCCGCUCCUGCCCAUGGACACCAGCGUGUACGAGAGCCCCUACAGCGACCCCGAGGAGCUCAAGGACAAGAAGCUCUUCCUGAAGAGGGAGCAGCUGAUGAUCGACGAGGUGGAGCUCGGCUCGGGCAACUUCGGCUGCGUCAAGAAGGGCGUCUACAAGAUGAGGAGGAAGCAGAUCGACGUGGCGAUCAAGGUUCUGAAGAGUGAGAAUGAGAAGGGAGCGAAGGAAGAGAUGAUGAAGGAGGCGGAGAUCAUGCACAAGCUGGACAACCCCUACAUCGUGCGCAUGAUCGGGGUGUGCGAGGCGGAGAACCUCAUGCUGGUCAUGGAGAUGGCAUCAGGGGGUCCUCUCAACAAGUUCCUCUCCACCAAGAAGGAUCAGAUCUCCGUGGAGAAUGUGGUGGAGCUGAUGCACCAGGUGUCCAUGGGAAUGCUCUACCUGGAGCAGAAGAACUUUGUACACCGGGACCUGGCUGCCAGGAACGUGCUUCUGGUAAACCAGCAUUACGCCAAGAUCAGCGACUUCGGCCUGUCAAAGGCCCUGGGAGCCAAUGACAAUUACUACAAGGCUCGUUCCGCUGGAAAGUGGCCUCUGAAGUGGUACGCUCCGGAAUGCAUCAACUUCCACAAGUUCUCAAGCAAGAGUGACGUGUGGAGCUUUGGGGUCACCAUGUGGGAAGCCUUUACCUACGGGCAGAAACCCUACAGGAAAAUGAAAGGGCCGGAGGUGAUGCAGUUCAUCGAGGCUGGCAAUCGAAUGGAGCGCCCGUCCGUAUGCCCGGAGGAAAUGUUCGCCGUCAUGACUGACUGCUGGAUCUUCAAGUACGAGGAUCGCCCUGGAUUUGUGGAUGUGGAAGCCCGCAUGCGAAGCUAUCAUUACUCCAUAUCCCAAAAAACUACAACGGAGGCAGAAAGCAGUGAGGCUGCGCCAACUUAGAGCAGCGUUUCUCACUCUGGGGCACCGGUUUCACUUUGAAGAAUGAAUGCAAGACAGAGAUAAUGAAAAACCGAGAACUGCAAACGCGCUACAUUUAGUUCGUUGAAAAUAAGGGAUUCUAUAGGCUUCUGUCUUAGCAUGCACUUUCUUUUGAAAAUGAAACAGCAGCAUAUCAUCAGACUUGUACAGCAGAUUCAUGUCAAUGACAUGAACUAUUUGCCAUGCAAAGGAAGUAGGAGUUUUGGGUAUGAAUCAUGAUUUGUGUAAGGUAAAAGAACAGCUUGUUUAUAUGGGAGUGUUAUAGUGUUGCCAGCUUGUGCAUUUAUCUCAUUGAACUCUGUAUCUUGCAAAACAGUUUAUGUUUCCCACCUGUCCAGUGCAAGUUUGAACCCUUUUGAAAAGAUUGCAUUGACCUGUUGAUGGUCAGAAUGGCCUUGUUUGAUUCUUAACUGUUUGUGUGUUUUGAGUUUUUGGUUCCUGUCUACUAUCAAUAAAGACCAUAUGCUGAUUGUUGAA